AUGGGGAUCCGAGAGUUUCCCGGCGGCGCUCCCAGGGCCAAGAGCAUUGCUGUUGGCAUGAGGAGGUCACCGGACGUCAGCCCGCGGAGACUGUCGGACAUCAGCCCUCAGCUCCGGCAGCUCAAGUACUUGGUGGUGGAUGAGGCGAUCAAGGAGGAUCUGAAAUGGUCGCGCUCUGUGGAGGACCUCACCAGCGGACCGGUGGGACUCACAUCCAUCGAGGAGCGGAUCCUGCGCAUCACAGGCUACUAUGGCUACCAGCCCUGGGCGACCAGCUACAAAAGGGAGGAGCGCCCCCGGGAGCCCCCGGGCCCUGCAGAGGCCCAGGCGCCAGCUGGGACAGAGGCUGGAGGGAGGACCAGUCGGCACCACUGGACAUGUUCUCAAGAGCAGCUCAGGAAGGUCUUCUGGGGCGUGGCCGUUGUGUUCUGCGUGUGUGCCUCCUGGGCCGGCUCCACGCAGCUCGCCAGGUUGACUUUCAAGACCUUCGAUGCACCCUUCACCCUGACGUGGUUUGCCACCAACUGGAACUUUCUGUUCUUCCCGUUGUACUACGCAGGGCACGUGUGCAAAUCCACAGAGAAGCAGUCUGUGAAACAGAGAUUCAGGGAAUGCUGUCGGUUUUUUGGAGACAAUGGCUUGACUCUGAAAGUGUUCUUUACCAAGGCGGCACCUUUUGGUGUUCUUUGGACUCUUACAAACUACCUGUACUUACACGCAAUAAAGAAGAUAAACGCUACAGACGUGUCCGUCCUGUUCUGCUGCAACAAAUCGUUUGUUUUCUUGCUGUCGUGGAUCGUUCUCAGGGACAGAUUCAUGGGAGUGAGGAUCGUGGCCGCCAUCCUCGCCAUCGCAGGCAUUGUCAUGAUGACCUACGCCGAUGGCUUCCACAGUCACUCAGUCAUUGGCAUAGCCCUGGUGGUGGGCUCUGCUUCCAUGUCGGCCCUCUACAAGGUUCUGUUCAAGCUGCUGCUGGGCAGCGCCAAGUUCGGAGAAGCAGCCUUAUUCCUGUCCAUCUUGGGUGUGUUCAACAUCCUCUUCAUCACCUGCAUCCCCGUCAUCCUCUACUUCACCAGAGUGGAGUACUGGAAUUCCUUCGACGACAUUCCAUGGGGAUACCUCUGUGGGUUUUCCGUUCUCUUAUUGACAUUCAAUAUUGUAUUAAACUUUGGAAUCGCUGUCACAUAUCCCACGCUGAUGUCUCUCGGAAUUGUCCUCAGUGUACCUGUAAAUGCAGUGGUCGAUCACUACACCAGUCAGAUAGUCUUCAACGGGGUCCGGGUCAUCGCCAUCAUCAUUAUCGGCCUGGGCUUCCUCCUCCUGCUCCUUCCAGAAGAGUGGGAUGUCUGGUUGAUCAAAUUGCUCACCCGCCUCAAAGUGAGGAAGAAGGAGGAGACAGCAGAAAGCAGCGGAGACUUGGGCACAGGUCCCCAGAGCAGGAACAGAAGGGCCCGCCCAUCCUUCGCUCGCUGA